UGAAGCUAAAGUGCUUACUUCAGAAGCUCUAGUAGGCACCACAGAGGCUCAAGUAGAUACGACUGAAGCUAAAGUGCUUACCACAGUUGCUCAAAUAGAUACCACAGAGGCUCAAGUAGAUCUUACUGACGGUCAGGUAGAGCCAACUGAAGCUAAAAUGCUUACUACAGUUGCUCAAGUAGAUACCACAGUAGAUCUCACCGAAGCCCCUGUGAACCCUACAGAGGCUGGAGAGAAAACGGUAACUGUUUGCUCAACUUGUAUGUCAGACGUCGUCAUAACCAGUAGAUGGAGCGGAAAUUUCCAAGCGACUAUUACGGUGACACUUACAAAUACAGUGACUGCAUGGAAUAUGAAUAUUUAUUUCUCGGAACCAGUGGAUAGCAUAGACGUAUACCAAGCAAUCGAAUUAUCGAUUUCGAACGACAAUAUGGUUUACAGCAUAAGUAACGAAAAUUACAACGGUGAUCAAUCUGCUGGAGCCAUGUUAACAUUGGAAUUCCAAGCAUCAUAUUCUGGGUCAGAGCCUUCAACAAUACGAAUCGAAGAUAUGACGAACCAGCCGGAUUGCUGCACAGAGGUCGUAGUGACUCUACCGAUUCCAACGGCUGCACCAGGAGAAGGUUGUGCAACUUGUUGUUCAACAACUGCAGUGACGUCAGAAUGGCAAGGCAACUUCGUUGGCGAGUUCAGAGUGCCGAUAACACGGCGAGUCAGUAAUGGAUGGACGGCAGAAAUUCACUUUUCUUCAGCUGUUAAUAGUCUAACGAUGCACGACGCAGACGUCAUUGGACCGUUGAAUGGCAAUACCGUGUAUCAGAUUCGUAAUAGGCAACAUAAUGCAGAUUAUUCUCCUGGAGAUGAAAAUACCCAAAGCUUUCAAGCAACAAUUUCAGGAAAUACGCCAACAUUUUACGUGUAUAUGGUUGGACAGCCGCAGUGCUGUGGUGGAGGCUGUGAAACAACCGAAGUAGAUCCGACUGAUCCACCACAAGUAGAUCCCACCGAAGCUCCAGUUGAUCCCGCGGAAACGCACGUAUAUCCCACAGAAACUCCAGAAGAUUCUACGAAAGCUAAAGUAGAUCCAACAGAGGCUCAAGUAGAUCCGACUGAAGCUCAAGUGCUAACCACAGAAGCACAAGUUGGCACCACAGAGGCUGAAGUAGAACCAACUGAA